AUGGCUUCUGUUAAAAACUGGCUUCCGCUAGAAGCAAGCCCUGCUAUCAUGAAUCAGUUUCUUUGGGAGCUUGGGGUUAGAGAGCAUGAAGUAGAAUGCUGUGACGUUUGCGGCUUAGAUGAAGAGCUUCUUGAAAUGGUUUCAAACCCCGUUCUCGCCGUUCUUUUUCUUCAUCCCAUAACCGACCAGACUGAAGAGGAGAGGUUGCAGCAAGAAAAAGAAAAAAAGGAAUAUAGCAGUAAAGUGUACUUUAUGAAGCAAACUGUGGGUAAUGCUUGUGGGAUAAUUGGGCUGCUUCAUGCUCUUGGCAACUUGACUUCUGAAGUCAAGCUCGUGUUGUUUUUGCCAGUUGAGGGAUCAUUCUUUGAUAUCUUUUUUAAAUCUACUGCAAAUAUGGAUCCACUGCAGCGUGCACAACUUCUUGAGAAUGACGGAGAAGAGGAAGAAGAAGAAGAAGAAGGGGCUCAUUCAGUUGCAGCAACUUCUGGUGAAACAGAGAGUGCACAACUUCUUGAGAAUGACAAAGAAGUGGAAGUGCCUCAUUCAGUUGCAGCAACUUCUGGUGAAACAGAGAGUGCACAACUUCUUGAGAAUGACAAAGAAGUGGAAGUGCCUAAAUCAGUUGCAGCAACUUCUGGUGAAACAGAGAGUGCACAACUUCUUGAGAAUGACAAAGAAGUGGAAGUGCCUCUUUCAGUUGCAGCAACUUCUGGUGAAACAGAGAGUGCACAACUUCUUGAGAAUGACAAAGAAGUGGAAGUGCCUCUUUCAGUUGCAGCAACUUCUGGUGAAACAGAGAGUGCACAACUUCUUGAGAAUGACAAAGAAGUGGAAGUGCCUCUUUCAGUUGCAGCAACUUCUGGUGAAACAGAGAGUGCACAACUUCUUGAGAAUGACAAAGAAGUGGAAGUGCCUCUUUCAGUUGCAGCAACUUCUGGUGAAACAGAGAUUAAUGUUUGCAAACCUAAGGCAUCAGACAAUGCCGAUGCACAUUUCAUAUGCUUUGUUUGUGUGGAUGAUGAACUUUAUGAGCUUGAUGGAAGAAAAUCAUGGCCAAGAUCUCAUGGUCCAUCUUCGUCCAGUACUUUGUUAAGGAUUUCUAUAGUAAAGCACUUAGGCAAUAUUCGACAUUAUGGGAUUAGUUUCAUGGAUAUACAUGAUGCUUUUGAAUUUGAUGCAGCUAAAGUGAUGCGCAGCAUGAUCGAGAAAAAUCCAGAGUCCCUCAAGUACAAUAUCAUAGCCUUGUGUAAGAAAUCUGGGUAG